AUGGAAAUUGUUUGGGAGGUGCUUUUUCUUCUGCAAGCCAAUUUCAUCGUCUGCAUUUCAGCUCAGCAGAAUUCACCGAAAAUCCAUGAAGGCUGGUGGGCUUAUAAGGAGGUGGUCCAGGGAAGCUUUGUUCCGGUUCCUUCCUUUUGGGGCUUGGUGAAUUCAGCCUGGAAUCUUUGCUCUGUUGGGAAACGGCAAUCACCUGUCAAUAUAGAAACCAGCCAUAUGAUUUUCGACCCUUUCCUUACCCCUCUCCGCAUAAACACAGGGGGAAGAAAGGUCAGUGGAACAAUGUACAAUACAGGGAGGCACGUUUCUCUACGACUGGACAAAGAGCAUUUGGUCAACAUCUCUGGAGGGCCCAUGACAUACAGUCACCGCUUGGAGGAGAUCCGAUUACACUUUGGAAGUGAAGACAGCCAAGGGUCAGAACACCUACUGAAUGGACAAGCUUUCUCUGGGGAGGUUCAGCUAAUCCACUAUAACCAUGAGUUAUAUACAAAUGUUACAGAAGCUGCAAAAAGUCCCAAUGGCUUGGUGGUAGUUUCUAUAUUUAUGAAAGUAUCUGAAUCAUCAAAUCCAUUUCUAAAUCGUAUGCUUAACAGAGACACCAUAACAAGAAUAACGUACAAAAAUGAUGCAUAUUUACUGCAGGGACUUAAUAUCGAGGAACUUUACCCCGAAACCUCUAGCUUCAUUACAUAUGAUGGGUCAAUGACAAUUCCACCCUGUUAUGAAACAGCAAGUUGGAUACUAAUGAACAAACCUGUCUACAUAACCAGGAUGCAGAUGCAUUCAUUACGACUGCUAAGCCAGAAUCAGCCUUCACAGAUUUUUCUGAGUAUGAGCGACAACUUCAGACCAGUCCAGCCUCUCAACAACCGAUGUAUUCGAACAAACAUCAACUUUAGUUUACAGGGGAAAGAUUGCCCAAACAAUAGAGUACAGAAACUACAGUAUAGAGUAAACGAAUGGCUGCUCAAGUAAUUAAGUUGGAAGCAGGAAGAACUCUUAACCUCAGUGGAAUGCUACUACUGUGAAUUGACAUAAUACAGAAAGCCCCCAGCCUCAUUCAGUCUUCGGUCUUUGUACUUCAUAGAUGGCACACACGGUCGUGCUCCCCUCUCCCCAAAGAAAAGGAUGCCAAGUUGGGAAUUCACCUAAAUGAAAUUUAUUCAUAUGAUCAGUCAUAACAAAACAAAAAAAAGACACUAUCUACUGUUAACAUGAUUACAAUUUUGAUACUGUUUUCCUGAAACUACUAUAGCUCACCAACGAAAGACUUUUCAGACUUUGUACAUAUGAAAUUCUUCCUCUGUAUCCCUCUUCCCCUUCUUCCCCUUCCCAUCAUCCUCCCAUUAAAAAAAAAUGGUGGUUCACUACCGCAUCCAAGUGGAUUUGUGUUCUGUGUGCCGAGUAAUCCUUGGAAAGCUCUCAUAUCACUCUCAUUACUGGUUACUGGCAAAGCAGAACUAAAUGAUUGUAAGGGAAACUUAUUUCUGGGUCAUGAUCCUUCUGUUUAUUUACUAAUGGACAGAUACUGAGAUAAGUUCUGUAAAUAGAUAACCUGAAGAAUAUAAAGGAAAUUGAAAUAUUUUCCCCUCAUCGCAUAGCUGUAGUAGGAACUGCCAAGACUGGAAUUAAUCCAUUUUUUUCUGUUUCUUGUUUUACAAAGGUCAUACAUUGUGUUUGGUUACUGUUAUCAAUUCAA